AUGAUGCCCUCAGAUAAAAAAUAUGGAUAUAGUGUUACAGAAAAUCAAGAAGAUAUUAACCAACAAUUUAUUGAUGCUUUGAAAAAUGUUCGUGAGAGAGAACGCCGUGCUCUUCUCCGUUUGACCCAGUCCAAUAAAAAACCAAUUGAGUCAGGUAAUAUUAACGCUGACGAAGAAUUUCAUCUAAACAGUCUGAAUAAGUUAAUUGUGAAGGAACUAUCGGAUAUCAAAUUUGAUGAGGACAAAUAUGAAUCAGAUGAUUAUAAAUCCAGUUAGCGGGAUUGCAUUAAAAUGUACUUGUAAAUUUCAUAAAGCAGAGUAUUUCCAAACCAUCUUUCUUUUUUUGAAUGGUAUUAUAAGAAAACUGAGGUACUAUA